AAUGCAUGUAACACAUUUGAAACAUGGCGGACGUUCCCAAUGAUGCGCCACAACACUGUCCUGGAACCACCAGCGAUCAAGCGGGCAAGACAUCUGCGUGUCAAGGAUGCCCCAACCAAAACAUCUGCGCGUCUGGUGCAGCCAAAGCCCCCGAUCCAGCAAUAGAGGAAAUCAAGGUGAAGCUGUCUACAGUCAAGCAUAAGAUCUUGGUUCUGUCAGGCAAAGGUGGCGUUGGGAAGAGCACAUUCAGUGCACACCUGGCUCAUGCCCUUGCCAGUGAUGAGAGUAAAGAGGUGGCACUGCUGGAUGUGGACAUCUGUGGUCCCUCUAUACCCAGGAUUAUGGGUGUGGAAGGAGAACAGGUCCACCAGAGUGGUUCCGGAUGGUCACCUGUGUACGUGGAGGACAACUUGGCGGUGAUGUCCAUCGGCUUCCUGCUUAACAGCCCGGAUGAUGCCGUCAUCUGGAGGGGGCCCAAGAAAAACGGGAUGAUCAAGCAGUUCCUGCGGGAUGUGGACUGGGGUGAGCUGGACUUCCUGGUUGUGGACACGCCCCCAGGCACCUCUGACGAGCACCUCUCCAUAGUCCAGUACCUCGGGGGAGCGGGCAUCGACGGCGCUGUCAUCAUAACCACACCACAGGAAGUGUCCCUCCAGGACGUAAGGAAGGAGAUUGGCUUCUGUCAGAAGGUCAAGCUUCCAGUCAUCGGCGUGGUGGAAAACAUGAGUGGCUUUGUGUGUCCCAAAUGCAAGAACACCUCUCAGAUCUUCCCUCCCACGUCAGGCGGAGCAGAGAGGAUGUGCGAGGAGCUGGAGCUGCCUCUGCUGGGCAAAGUGCCCCUGGACCCCAGGAUAGGGAGAAGUUGUGAUGAAGGAAAGUCGUUCCUCAGUGAGGUGCCGGACUCGCCUGCAGCUGUGGCCUACAGGAGCAUAGUACAGAAGAUCAAGGACUACUGCACUGCACAUGCAACAUCAGCAGAGAACUCUGGUUAACCUGGGGACUUGCUCUGGAUUUGAAUAAGGAAGGCAGUUGUUGUAAAGGAGCAAUCCUGACUUAAUUCCUUUGAAUGGACUCCUCAUACAAGAGAUUAAUCUGAAUGGCGGUGUGGAGCAGCUGAUUUGGUCGUCCAAGCCCUCUUCGGAUGAAAUGACUUUACUCGAUAUAAGCGCACAAACGUUAGCUACCUGUUGCUGCUACAUAUGUUCAUAGACAGGCACCCUUGAUUAAAGUGUCUCUGCUGUCUAUAAUUCUAUUGAAAGGAGACGUUACAAGAUUUCCAGUAUGUAGUUAUCAACAGCCAUGUACAAUCUGACCAAUUCAGAGUUCAGCAAAACAUGCACUAACCAUGUGAACAAAUGGAUUACUUUUUAUAUAAUUCUUUAUGUAAUCUGUGAUUUUAAAAUGCCUUUAAAUUGCAUUAGCGAAUAAAUUAUGUUAAUAUUA